UUCCAGGGACACCAUCAACAGCCGCCACCCGCUCAACAAGUCCCACCAGCUCAAAAUUUCGGUGGAGAACAGGCGCGAGAUGAACAUCAUAUCAAGGAGCACCUUGAUGGAAAAGUUGAUCCCACAGCUAACAUGACACCAGAACAGCUGCAGUUCCACUACUUUAACAUGCACGAUCUCGACAAAAAUGGGAAAUUAGAUGGCAUCGAAUUGAUAAAAGCAAUAACUCACUUUCAUACCGAAAACCCUGGUCCUCAACAUCAAAAUACUAACCAACCUCCUCCUCUACCUACCGAAGUGGAGCUGGAAUCGAUGAUUGACGCUAUACUUAAAGAUGACGAUUUUAAUUCUGAUGGUUACAUUGACUACGGGGAGUUCUCGAAGGCCCAAAAGAUGCGUGAGGACCAAGCGAGGGCGCAACAACAACAGCACCAACAACAGCAACAACAACAACAGCAACAACAACGUCAUUAA